AUGGAUUCAACUCUGUGCCGCAUAUCAGCUCCAUUUUCGCUCAAACACACCCUUCUCUUUGACAACCUCCACUCUCCAUCGUUAAUUUGUUUCUCCUCGAGAACUCGUAGCAAGAGAUUGCUCAAUUCAAAUUGCAAGCUGGAAAGUUUUAAACGAAAUGCCCAAGACGACAACGUCGUUUUGGACGAGAAAGCUUACGAGGCCGACACGUCAAGACUUGAUGCACAGGCGAGAGACUCCAUGGCCGAGACUUCUACAAGGGAGAUGGAGACGAGUACAGAGGAUGACCCCAAAGCUUGGAAAUGGGCCAUCCGAAAGAGAAUCUGGGAUUUGAUGGAGGCCCGCAACAUUGCUCAGAACCCAAGACCUGUUCACCACCGGAUCCCCAAUUUCGUUGGCGCUUCUGCUGCGGCUAAAAAAUUGGGUGGGUUGGAGGCGUUUCAUGAUGCGGGUUUGGUGAAGGUAAACCCGGAUUCACCUCAAAAACAAGUCAGAUUUCUCACUCUCUCUGGUGGAAAGGAACUGUUAACUCCUCAACCCCGUUUGAGAACUGGGUUUUUUUCUGUAAUUGAACCUCACAUGUUAAGCCCUAGUACCAUCAACGAGGCAUGCACCUCUGUAGGUGUUGCCAAGUAUGGAAGGUCUAUUGGAUUGGAUGACAAGAUCAAAGUUGAUCUAUUUGUCAUUGGCUCUGUCGCUGUUGACCCGAAAACAGGGGCUCGACUUGGCAAGGGAGAGGGAUUUGCAGAACUUGAAUACGGGAUGCUGCGGUAUAUGGGAGCUAUCGAUGACUCAACACCAGUUGUCACCUCCGUGCAUGACUGCCAACUGGUAGAUGAUAUUCCAGCUGAGAAAUUGCUGGUCCAUGAUGUUCCCGUUGACAUCAUAUGCACUCCCACUCAAGUCAUCUUCCCCAGUACGAAUAUUGCCAAGCCUCAAGGAAUCUACUGGGACAAAUUAUCUCCUGAGAAGCUUGCCCAAAUUCGGAUACUUAGAGAGCUCAAGAGCAGAAUUGAAAGGGAGACCGGGCAGAAACUUCCUUGUGGUCCAACUGAGAAACUACCCCCUACGGCUCAGCGAAGACGAAAAUGA